AUGGAGUCAAAGCUUGAUUUGGUGGCGUCCUUGCUCUUACUACUUGCCGUCGGUGCCGCUGCUGAUUACGUCAGGCCGCCGCCCCGCAAAACCCUUCAUUUUCCAUGGUCCCCCAAGCCUUCUUCUUAUCCCGAGCAGGUUCACAUAUCCUUGGCUGGAGCUAAACACAUGCGCAUCACAUGGGUGACUAGCGAUAAACAUGCCCCCACCAUUGUUGAGUACGGAACUUCUCCCAACAACUACAGAUGGACGGCCCAAGGACAGUAUACGAGCUAUAGCUAUUUCCUCUACAGUUCGGGGAAGAUUCAUCACACUGUGAUUGGCCCUCUCGAAGAUGACACCUUGUAUUUUUAUCGAUGUGGGGGAGAAGGUCCUGAGUUCCAGCUCAAAACCCCGCCCGCCAAAUUCCCGGUUACAUUUGCUGUGGCUGGAGACUUAGGCCAGACUGAAUGGACCAAGUCAACUCUGGACCACAUCCAACAAUGCAAAUAUGAUGUUCACUUGCUGCCCGGUGACCUGUCAUAUGCUGAUUACAUGCAGCACAAGUGGGAUACGUUUGGCGAGCUGGUGCAGCCACUUGCAAGUGAGAGGCCGUGGAUGGUGACACAGGGGAACCAUGAGAAGGAGAACAUACCAUUUCUCGUAGAUGGUUUUGUGUCUUACAAUUCUAGGUGGAGAAUGCCGUAUGAAGAGAGCAACUCGAGUUCGAACCUGUAUUAUUCGUUUGAUGUGGCUGGAGUUCACAUUGUGAUGCUUGGUUCAUAUACGGAUUACGACGAGUACUCUGAUCAGUAUGGGUGGCUAAAGGCUGACCUGUCAAAGGUGGAUCGCAAGAUGACACCCUGGAUUUUGGUACUAUUCCAUGUUCCAUGGUAUAACAGCAAUGCAGCUCAUCAAGGUGAAGGUGAUGACAUGAUGACAGCAAUGGAACCCUUGCUUUAUGCUGCUGGUGUGGAUGUUGUGUUUGCUGGCCAUGUGCACGCCUAUGAGCGCUCGAAGCGUGUUUUUAACAGUAGAUCAGAUCCUUGUGGAGCUGUCCACAUUACGAUUGGUGAUGGAGGGAACAGAGAAGGAUUAGCACCCUGGUACAAGAAGUCCCAGCCUGAGUGGUCAGUCUUCCGGGAGGCCAGCUUUGGUCAUGGUGAGCUCAGAAUCGUGAACUCAACUCAUGCGUAUUGGAGUUGGCACAGAAAUGAUGAUGAUGAACCAGUUAAAUCAGACCAAAUCUGGAUAAAUUCGCUGGUUAGCUCUGAUUGUCUUGCUGGAAAGAAUCAUGAGCUGAGAAAAAUGCUCUUGGAGCCAUAA